CCUCGCGAUUUUGUCUCGUUAACUUGUGCGUUUCUUGCUGCUCCCGGUAAUCUUGAGACUUCUUGCCUUCAAAUUCCUGGUGAAGAAUAUUAAAUAUCAACAAUGUCCUUUUCAAUUGGGGAAGAAGAAUUGAUGAAUGAAUUACUGAAUAGUGUUUGUCCUUCUCUAAAUGGGACUUCAGAUACCGACGAAUUUGAACUAAAUGUAGAUUCCAAAGCAUUUUUAGAGACUGGAAGUGAAAUUAGUGAUGAUUUAGAUUUGGACAUAAGCUUUGGCACAACGUAUUUGAGAGAUUUGGUUCAAGAGACUGUUCCCGAAAGAUCAAUUGGGUCUUCGGAGCAGAAUUUUUGCAUUUUCAAAGAAGUUGAGAAGUACGAGAGAUCUCUGAAGAAAAGUCGCGAAGAAAGGAAAGAGAGAAGGAGGAUGAAGUUUAAUAAGAUGUUCAGACCACUGGCCUGUUCUACGCCUCUAUCCCAUGAUUUUUCCUUGGAAGUGGAUGAUCUCAAAGAGAUUGAAGAAAUUUGUCAAGGUACUACAACAUUCAACACUACGGCAGUGGACACAAAAGUUGAACCAAGACAUCAGACGCCACAGGAGAUUUUGGCAAAGAAUACUACCACAGUAAGUGUGGAUUUACUCGAAGGGAUUAAUUGGAGCAUUUAUAGGAGAGCUCCAUCUGUUGCUCCAACUGCUGCAACAUCUAUUGCGCAGACUGACAACUUAAGGAAUACCAUUGCUACUCCUAUCCUUUUUCCCAGUAUUCUUCUCAAUGAAUACUCGGCCAGUAGUUCAAUUAUGGCAACUAACAAUUUUUUCAGCCAACCAGAACCAGAAAGUACAUCUAAAAAUGAUGGAAUUGUUAAGAAAAUCGAGAAUAUUGUGGAAUCGCUUGUGGAAGAUCUUUGCUGUGGAAAUACUCUUGCUCUACAAAUUAAGGAUAACUGCCAAUCUAAUACAGAAAUGAUUAAUGAAGUGUUGAAAAUAAAACCAAAUGAAAGAGCCAAUUUUAAAAUGAUCAGUUUGUACAAUAGACGCAGUGCAAAUAAUUUUGGUGUGAUUAUACUCCUACUUGGAGAAGUGUACAAAAAUCUCAUGACAAACAGUGGGAGUAGUAAGAGAGAGAUUUUCUAUCGACACACGAAAAUGGUGAAAAAUUCUUCUUUUCUACAUGGGGCAAUUUUAGACAUGUGCUUAUUGCUCGAUAUUACACCUUGGGAUGCCGGAAUUACGGCGACUUCUAAAGGUCUCGUGUGUGGUCCUCUUCGGAUUAUAAUGGACUCGAAUGAUGUGAUUGAUUGCAAUGCAAUCUUUGAGGGAACAGGCCUUCCCCACAAUUUCACUGCUAUGUCGAAAUUUGAAACGACUGCCAAGUUUGUUCUGGUCGUUGAGAAAGAUACGGUGUUUGAGAGACUUCUCAGGGAUGAUAUAUUCAGCCGAAUUAGUACUCCGUUCAUUCUAGUCACCGGGAAGGGAGUACCGGAUACAUGUACUCGUAUCUUUUUGAAGAAAAUCUGGGAUUACUUGGCACUGCCGAUUAAGGUUCUCGUUGAUGCUGAUCCCUACGGAAUAGACAUUAUGCUUAUGUACAAACAUGGCUCUAGGAAAAUGUGUCAGCAAGCUGAUUAUCUUGCAGUACCCAGCAUCAAAUGGAUUGGACUGCAUCCGUCUGAUUUGAAGAUUAAACAAAUAACAACGCUCAAGUUGACUUCAUCUGAUCAGAAGAGGUUAAAUGAUAUUCUCAGUAGACAUUACCUAACUCCUUCUGUCGCUGAAGAGCUCAGGAUCCUUCGUGAAAAUGGAGUAAAGGCAGAAAUUGAAGGACUGUAUACUCUAUCUGACAACUACAUCAUUGACGAGUACCUUAUUGACAAGAUAACUUACGAUUCGGGAAUCUGA